CCCUCCACAAAAACAUCACAUUCACUGACAAACACCCUUCGCCGCCAUGGACUACUCACAGAUUGAUCCACAGUUGAGGUCACUAGAUGCCCAAUCCCCCGACAAUGACUCGGUGUCGGGAACGAGCAACACUCCUCCGAGAGUUCUUGCGCGGAAUUCUGCUUGUCAUCAAUGCCGUAAACGAAAACUUAAAUGUGAUGCCCAGAAACCUAUCUGUGGUAACUGCGCCAAACCUAGAGCUCGCGGAAAAUCCGGAGAUGAGCAGCCACAUGAAGACUGUACCUGGGAUGAGCCCAAAGAACCUAGUGCGAGGACAAAACGAAGGAGGGAACUCGCAAAGAGACAGGCUAUGGAAAGCGGCCACACAGAUGGGAAGGAAUCUGGGGAAAAGACGAAAAGGGCAAGGCUGAAUGAGCUUGAAGGACGAAUUGCUGCGUUUGAGGGAGCCAUGGAAUCCCAACACUACCCUACGACAACUAACCCAACCCCUGUUCAGACGUUACAAGAAGCCAUGCCCUAUGCUCAACAAACAGAGUCUAAUCCCUACGCCGCCAACGGUCCGUACGAUUACCAUCGUCCUCCUUUUUCAGCCGGUCCCUUGAGUGACUUCACUUUUGGACCUCACGGACACGGUCACGACACCCCAAAUCAUGCUAUAGGUCAGAACGAGGAUGGGAUUGCUAGAGAAGAGAGGACGUGGGCGGAUCAGGCAGAGAAUCAGGCAUUGUGGGAAAAUAGAAUGGGUCGUGCCGCACUCAGAGAAUGGAGCCGCAGCGAAAAUGUUGCCGUGGAGUCUGGGCCGUCAUUUUCACCGGAUGGAUAUAUGGGCAUGGUCUUUCCUGAUUGGCCGAAAGACCUGCCUCCACCUGCAGUCAUCGAACAUGCUAUCAGAGUAUUUUUCGAAAAGGUUCCCCUCUUACCCAAGAUGUUGAACAAGACACUCCUUCUCCAAUCUCUUCAGCGUCCGCCAUCCAAUCCCAAUUUCGCAUGUGUCUCACUCCUCCACGCCAUCCUCGCCGUCACAGCCAACUUCAUCUCUGAAACUUCCCUUUCCUCCCCCGCUUACUUCCCGGUCGGUACCCCAUCCAACGCCACCAUCCAUCCCGAACAUGAUUUUGAGAUUCCAGCCAAUCCUUUGACGAGGGGUGGAAGCUGCAGCAUGCACUUUCAAAGCUCGAACUUUAGAACGGCUAUGUCUCCCAUGGCCAGAUUUCAACUUUGGCACAGACGAAAGGCCUUUGAAACGUUUUACCAUUACGUCGAUAAGGGAAACAAGUUCCUUCAAUCUCUCCAAGCACAAAUCAUUGCCACCACAGUUGAUCAGUACAAUGCAUGGUGGACUGAUAUCUGGCUUGAAUCUGGCUCAUGUAUGAGGAUCGCGACUCCCAUGCGAAUCAACGAGUCUCCUCAUUGUGAUGAAACAUCUCUUCGCCGAUAUGCAAGUCUUCUACUUCCUCCAGCUCAAACAGCGUAUGAGCAGGCUGAACGCGAUCGCACCUGGUGGAUGACAUUUAUCUUGGAGAGAUCUGUGACUGCUGCUACUACUUGGCCUAGUUCCAUGGUGAAUGAAGAUAUUACCGUGGAGUUGCCGUGUUUGCAGAGCAGUUUUGACUCCGCUUCUGGUGUUUUGGGUGGAAGCCAGAGCUUCCAGUCGCCUGACCUCCUGACAAACCACCCACCCGAACAUCGAGAUGGUUUGAGCUUCUUGAUCAAGUCCCUCAAACUGCUUGGGGAUGUAAACUGCUUCUUCAGGCGCUACUCUCGCGGCCGGCAUAGCAUUGCCGGCUAUGUAUCUAACCCUACUUUUCGCCUCUUACUUUCCCAAAUCAACGCUUUCCGCAUGUCAUUCCCUCCCGAGUUUCGCCGGCCUACACAAUCCUUACCCGGGCUUGGAGGGGCGAAAGUCCUGGAUAGGGAUCUGAUCAACGCGCUUUGGAUCACACAUAGCGCGAUUAUGGGAUUAGGAGAACCGUUGAUUACUAGGGAUUCGUGGAUGGAUGAAGGUGCGCGUGUUACUCUCUCUGCCAUCCGAGCGACACUUUCGCUACUCUAUGACGUGACUUCGACGAGCUACGAUCUUUCCCUGUUCUCGCCACAUUGCACUUUUGUGUGGUCGCUCUCAUGUCGGGGUCUCGUCAGGUUUAUGGGGACUGCCCUGCAAUCAGGCGAUAUGGUGUCUGCUUCUGUCUUUAGGUCUGAGAUCGAAGUCUUCAGGAUGGCAUUGAAGAGGUACGGCGAACGCUUCCCAAUUGGUAUACGUCAUCUCAAAGUAGUGGACGAUCUACUCAAGGAGAUGGAAGUGAGCCAGGUAACAGGAUUGCCUCUAAGCAUAGAAUACGACUGUCGUAAGACAAACUUAGGGGAUCGUCCAAUAGGAGUGUCAGUCACUGAAGAGACAGUGUCUUCUCAAGUUGUCACCCCAGAAACUUCGUCAUCUGUCGGCGAUCUUAGCUUCAGUGCGACAAGCGCAUCUACAUAUCCUGAUUCAACAAGCGCGAAUGGCUCUUACACGGCUAGUAGACAAAUUAACACCUCACAGGCGCCCAAGAACGUCAAGGCAUCUUCGGUGGAAGGUCUUGGCAUGAAUGUGGCGGGCAUGCCAGCGAUUGCUGCUACUUCUCCUUUACUUAUGAACCCUUCACCCGGUGAAGGGUUUGAUAUUUCAAGUUUCAGUUUUGACGUCAAUAAUGUGGUUGGAAUGUUCGAGGGAGUCGAGGGGACUUUUAUCGGAGCUGAAUAUGGAUUGUGGACGUCAUAGAGAUGUUCGUGCUGGCAGGAAUGAAUUACCGAGGCAUACAUCUUAUGUAUAAUAAUGUUGUU